CUUCUCAUCUCGACCUGUCGACUCGACAUACUUAGGAGUGCAGCUAACAAUAUCAAACAUAUCUGUGGACUUUCCUUCAUACUCCGUACUUCUGGUCUGUUUGGGGUGUGAGGGCCAGGUUUCGUCAUCUACCACAUGGCAACGAUCAUCAACAGCGACUCGGUCAGCUUCCCUCCUCUACCAUCGCAGGCCAUCAAAUCCCACCACCUAAAUGAGAAAACCGCUGGAUCUAAAUUCCAACAACCAGGAACCAUUCAUCAAUAUGCCACACUCAACGAUCUACCAGAUGAGCUGGUUCUAGAGAUCCUGUCGUAUCUACCUGGAAUCGAUAUGCAAAACUUUCAGCUACAUACACUGCUAAGCCUAUCAUUAACGACCCGCAAUCUUCAUCGCAUUGUCAGCGAUAAGCUGUAUGCUACUUACGACAGCUAUUUCUGCGAGCCAUAUCUCUUCCUCCGCACACUAGUUUCGAAUUCGCACCUCGGCGGUAGCGUGCGUCAUGCCAAGUUCCGUUAUGGCGACGAUGCUCAUCUUGAACGGACGCGGUACUCACCGACUGCUCGUGACAAGAAGAUCAUCAAGGAGGGGAUGAGAGACCUCGAUUUUCCUGACUGGAAAGGAUGGGCUACUCGCUGCAACGCCGAGAGCAUAGAGCUCGACAUCCUACACACAGCUGUGAUGUUACACACUCCAAAUCUUAUGUCACUUGAUGUUGAGGAUGGGCAGAUUUCGGCCUACGCGAAGGCCAAAUGGCCUGAGCUCAUCAAAAAAGCAACAACCGGCGAGCACUUUGGGCACGCGCAUCGGUUCAGUGCGCUCAAGUUCGUGCGUAUUGACGCUCAGAAUAUGGUUAUACAUCAUCUUGUUCCUCUGUUGCGUUUGCAGUCUCUGCAGAGACUCGAGCUGCGAGACCUGACCGAGUUCGAGCUGGACAUGCGCGCGCCAGCCGAGCUCAGGCGUCUGCUUCCGGACGGCUGCAAUAACCUCGAAGCCCUCGUCCUAGAGGAGUGUUCUUUGCGCUUCAAUACACUGGUAACUCUCAUCAACUCGAUACGAAGUCUGAAAAGUUUCCGGUUUCACGGUGACCAGGAAAGCAUACUUCUAGACGGGUCUGGCAACGUGCUCCUGAAUGCCUUAUGUCAACAGAAGGAAAACCUAGAAAGCCUUGAUAUCUAUCACGAACCGCAACACAAAGAAGACGAAUAUCCCCUCGUCCAUGACGGGCUUGAACAAUUUCCAAGACUUCGAGACCUGAAGUGCCCGCUACGCAUGGUUGUGAAUGUACGCGCAGGUGCUUCCGCGACUAUCCUCGAAUUCCUACCACCUGCCAUCGAAUCGCUCUGUCUUUCGAUCCGGUGGGGUGCAGAUGAAGAGCUUUUCCUCCCUGUUCUUGAGCGCAUGGCGAGCGACUAUGCGACCACAGUCCCUGGUUUGGCAAGUCUUCAGCUCAAUGUCCAAGUGCUUGCUGAAGAAUUGGAUUACGAUUGGGAGCGUCUUGUCAAGGCCUACUCGAAUACUAGCGUCAACCUCAUCAUCAAUCAGCCGUCUGACAGCGAUGACGAGUGGGGUGAUUGGCGAACUGUGUCUUCAGACUCAGAUGAGUCUUCAGAGGAUUCGGAUGAGGUCGAUCUGUACGGUGAUAGCGAGAGCGAAAGCGACAGCGAUGAAGAAUAGGAUGGAUUUACACCUUUGAUCUGAGAAGUCGAUGCAUCCCCGGCUGUGGAACCAUAUGAAAGUCAGUCAUCACCCUGGCCAUUGCCCCACUCGGUCGUGUCCCACGG